AUGGGAGGAGGCAGAUCCAUCGACGAGGAAAACUUCCACAACCUAUCCUUCCACAGCGACCAGAAUGCCCCUGGUGGUGGUAGCGAAGUCCUCGAGUGCAUUGUCACUGAGCCUCACACCGAGAAUGCAGGCACCAAGGAUGCCUACGUGUCAUAUCUGAUCACCACAAAUUCUACCUUCUCCGCCUUCCAGAAGCCUAUUUCCAUUGUCCGUCGCCGCUUCACCGACUUUGUCUUCCUCUCCAAGACCCUCAGCAAAGACUACCCAGCAUGCGCCGUCCCGCCCCUUCCUGACAAGCAGCGCAUGGAGUACGUCCGAGGCGACCGCUUCGGAUCGGACUUUACCCUACGCCGCGCUCACUCGCUGCAGCGAUUCCUGUCGCGUACCGCGUUGCACCCCAUUCUCCGACGCGCCCCGAUCCUGCACACCUUCCUCGAGAGUCCCGACUGGAAUGCUACCAUGCACAGCAGGUCGAGCCGUGCGAACACGGGCUCGUCGAACGAAGGCGGUAGCGGCGGGGUCUUUGAUACCUUUGCCGACUCGUUCAUCAACGUCUUCACCAAGGUGCACAAGCCGGACCGUCGGUUCAUCGAGGUCAAGGAGAAGAGCGACAAGCUGGAUGAGGACCUGGGCCAGGUCGAGAAAUUGAUCGCAAGGGUGGCGCGCCGCGAGACGGAUAUCGAGGUGGACUACAGGGACCUGGCCGAGCAGUUCCAGAAACUCAUCAACCUCGAGCCUGGCGUCGAGGCUGCUGUCCAUGCCUUUGCGCAGUCAGUCGAGGAUUCGGCAAGCGGACUGAAGAAGCUCAAGGAUCACACCGAUCAGGACUACCUCGGCAGCCUGCGAGAUAUGAUUGCGUACAGCGGCCAGCUCAAAAACCUGCUCAAGGCCCGCGAGCAGAAACAGCUCGACUACGAACAGCUCACCGAAUAUCUCAACAAGUCCUCGGCCGAUCGCGACAUGCUCGCCUCUGGCUACGGCGGCAGCGGUGGCUCUGGCGCCGCCGGCCUGAUCCGCUCGAAACUCGAAGACUUCCGCGGGGUAGACCAUGAGCAGGCGCGACGCGAGCGGCUUAGAAAGCUGGAGAUCCGCAUCGACGAGCUCACGCGUGAGUCCGAGGUGGCCCGCAAGACGUCCGAGAUGUUCGACGAGGAGGUUGUCAAGGAGACGGCCGACUUUGAGCGCAUCAAGCGUAUCGAGUUCAAGAGCCAGCUGGGACGCUUGGCGGACGCCCACGUCGGCUUUUACGGCGACGUGAUCGAUGUCUGGCAGCGGUACGUGGACGAGUGCGAGCGUGAGGGCGUGGCUCCCCCAGCCUAG